AUGGUGAAGAAAAUCAACGAAGAUUAUAAUUGCUAUUAGUGUGAGGUGGUGUGGACUAAGGGCCAUUCAUGCCUAAAAGUAAAGUGCUAUUUAAAUAUUUAAUAUUUUAUAGAGAGGCGGGGUUUUAUUACGGCUAAAAAAAGGAGAAGAUAGAGAUAGGCUGAGAAAAAGUUUGGGUAAAGAAGGACAAGUUUGAACUAGGGCAUGGCUAUAAAAGAAGAGGGGAGGGGUAAGGGUCUGGACUAAGAUCGGGCUGCAAAAAGUGCGAAGAGGGUUAAUCAACUUAUUUCUUGUAGGAAAAGAAAGAAAAGAAAGAAGGUAGGAAAGAAGGUGAGAAGAAGGAAGAAGAAAGGAAGGACAGGAAGGAGAGAAAGAAAGGAAUUGAAAAGAAGGAAAAGAAAGAAGGUAGAAAAGAAGGUGAGAAGAAGGAAGAAGAAAAGAAGGAAAAGGAGGAGAGAAAGAGAGGUGAAAAGAAAGAAGAGGAAAAGAAGGAUAAGAAGGUGGUGAAGGAGGAGAAAAGGGGAAAUAAAAACAAGGAAGUGGUAGAGGGAAAAGGAGAAGAGGACACCACGUAAGAUAAUUUACUAACCUUUACGUUAACCUUUUACCACUUUUCAUACCUAAAAUCAAAAAAAAAGUUAAAAUUAAAUACCUUUAUAAUACCGCAGUCAUUUAUUACAAAGUAGGUGUAACAAAUCGUUGAACUCCAAAGCCCACACCGUUUUCAUUUUAGCUUGAAGCCGGGCUGUUUCUCGUACAUUUAGAACGCUCUAUUUAUUUAUUUUUAUUUUUUGUGGCACUUCGUUAAAAAGAAUGACGAAUGUCAAAAAAACCAGUAAUUGAUUUUUUAUGUAGUAAAACCAAAUUUAUAGUACCAAAAUCACACAAAAGCUGCCAUUCUUUAAUUUAACGUUUAUAAUUACAUUACAACUUUGUUUCAGUAACAUCGCGGCCUUCUCCAACACCACCGACCGGAGCCACGGAUUCAGCUUCAACCAGGCUUCUGGUAAAACAAUAGGUAAGUUUUUGGUUUUUUGAAAGUUUUAGGUAGAUAUAGUACAGUAGGCUCUUGUAGUUAGCGAAUUGAAAAGACGGUUUAUGUCGUAAAUUUUCAAAACUACAUUACAACUUUGUUUCAGUAACAUCGCGGCCUUCUCCAACACCACCGACCGGAGCCAGGGAUUCAGCUUUAAUUAGGCUUCUGGUAGAAAGAUUUAAACAGGCUUUUGGUAGAAAGAAGGUAUGUUUUCGGUUUUUGAAAGUUUUAGAUAGAUAUAGUACAGUAGGCUAUUGUAGUUAGCGAAUUGAAAAGACGGUUUAUGUCAUAAAAUGUUUUGCUUAUUGAAACAAUAUAAGCUAGCUGAUUAAAGUGUUUUAUUAGAUUUCGAGAAAGUUCUUGAUUUGUAAGAAAAACAUCUUGCCAAUUGAAAAAAGUAGUUGUCAUUUUUCUAAAGAGACAGCACAGUAAAGAAUUAUAUUUUAUAUCAAAAAACAUAUUUAACUAUUCUUCUUCUCCCUCAAACCUUUUACAAACAAUUUUUAAUGAGACAUUUUUAACAUUUUUUCUUUAGAAGAAAGUUCUGGCACCGUCAGUUGCAGCUAAAGUUGAACUGAACUUACUCCAGAUCCUUCACAACAAUCUACCAGAGGCAGCUCCGAGAACGAUGGCGGAAACACUUGAAAUGCGACGCCCAACAAGAAUAUUUUUUGUGGUUAGAAAUAAAUGUGUAUUUAUUGAAAUUAUAAUGGUAGUUUUUUUAUGUAAAAUAGGUCUACAAUCUUUGAAAGAAAAGAAAAAUAACGUAACUUUUUUGUUGCUUCUAACGGAACUUCGAGGGAGGUUUUUCGAAUGUAGGAAUCGGUAAAUUUUACAGUAUUACAGACAGAUUCUGGAAUUUAA